AUGCCAUCUCUACCUCUUGAACGACGGCAAUACUACAGCGACGGCUGCUACGGCUGGGGAUGUGGCGGAAACUCCGGCUGGAACAACUGGGGCCGAUGGAUUCUGCUGGCGCUGAUCAUCGGAGUUUUCCUCAUUUCGUUUCUGCUAGUGUGCACCACCAACAAGAGACGGCUCAACAGGGGCCAACAACCCAUCACAGGAACGUCGUGGAUCGUUCCCCCGACAUACCACCAGUCGGAGCAGCAGUACCAGUCUCAGGCUGCUCCCCCAUACAACCCCAACGCCAACAGCGACCCCACAGCCGCAGGAUACUAUGACCAAUCCGGCAACUUUGUCAACACGUCGCACCAUGGCGCCGGCUACAGCAAUCACCAGGGAGGCUACACAUCCAACGAUGCCUAUGGUCCUCCUCCGGGCGACGCUUAUGGUCCUCCUCCGGGACCUCCUCCUGGACACUCAAACAUUGAGAUGGACCAGUACCAGCCUCCGUCUCAUCCUCCGCCUGCGUUUGUCAAAAAUUAG